AUGAUCAACUACCUGCCGCAUCUACAUCAUGCAUGGCGGGAAACCACCGUCUGCCACCAUUGCAGAAACCUAACUGUCGUGUUUGUCACCAGAGCAACCAUCAUCACCGAAAAGAUCCUGAAAAUAUAUAUGGACAAUAAACCUACAUAUCGGGUUUAUACAAAGGCGAAAACUGAUUUUUCUCUCACUAUCCGCAACGGAAAAGUGAUUCUUGCUCCCUCUCUAACGUAUCUGAUCCUCUUCAAGCACAUGAUGAGCUUACUUCUUCUUCAAAUUUCGUCACUGAUUUGUUUGACCUCUAAAAAGCAUUGGGUCAAAGAUGAUAAAUUUGGCAAAAACAUCAAGGAUGAGGAGGGGUUUUCCUCUUUUGCGUUGGUUCAGCUGACAAAAUACAACCCUGAUGAACUCGAUGUGACUGUUCUUUGGACUAACGGAUGUAGCUUGGGUGAUGGGUUGGACCAUAGUCCCCUGUUGAUAUUGUGUUCUGAAAAUCUGAUGUCGGGUUAACUCUCAUGUGGCGUUUAUCCCCAUUUUGAAUGAUAUUUUACACUUUUAUGGAUUUUGGUUCAUGAUGAUAAGCUUCCCUUAAUGGAGUUGAAUGAAUUUUGUAAUAUCAGAAAAUAUUUAGUAGUUUAA